CCGCCUCCGCCUCCGGUCUUUCAAGUAACCAAACUUAAGAACUCUCUCCUUCUCUCUUUCCUUAUUUUCUCUGAAGAAUGUCUGAUAAUGGUAAAGUUCAAGUCAAAAGAGCGUUCAUAGGAGCAGGCUGCAACAGAAUAGUGAACAACGUUUCAUGGGGUGCUUGUGAUUUGGUCUCCUAUGGUGCCCAAAACGCCGUCGCUAUUUUCUCUCCAAAGUCUGCUCAGAUUUUGACAACACUUCCGGGUCAUAAGGCAGUUGUAAACUGCACCCACUGGCUUCCAAGUAACAAAUUUGCAUUCAAAGCAAAACAAUUGGACCAACAUUAUCUACUGUCUGGAGAUGCUGAUGGUGCCAUUAUUCUAUGGGAACUAUCUCUUUCUGAAAAUAAGUGGAGGCAUGUAUUGCAAUUACCACAACCCCACAAGAAGGGUGUUACAUGCAUCGCUGGAUUUAUGGUUUCUCAGAGUGAGGCUAUAUUUGCUUCUUCUUCUUCUGAUGGUAUUGUUUGCAUAUGGGAUCUAGUCUUCCCCCCUUCUCCUGGAGGUGACUGCAAAUUGUCAUGUCUGGAAACUCUGUCUGUUGGCUCAAGACCUAUGGUGGCACUUUCACUAGCAGAACUGCCUGGAAAUACUGGGCAUAUGGCCCUGGCAAUGGGGGGAUUGGAUAAUAAAAUUUAUCUUUAUUGUGGAGAGAAGACGGGAAAGUUUGUUCGUGCUUGUGAAUUAAAAGGGCACACAGAUUGGAUUAGGAGUUUGGACUUCUCAUUACCUAUAUGCAAUAGCAGUGAAACAAAUAGUUUGCUACUUGUUAGUUCAUCUCAGGACAAAGGUAUACGCAUAUGGAAGAUGACUCUACUGGGUUCUCUAGCCAGCACCAAUGGUACAGGCAGGAAAAAUAAAAUUAGCUUGGCAUCUUAUAUUGAGGGCCCUGUUUUUGUAGCUGGCUCAUCCUCUUAUCAGAUAUCUCUGGAAUCUCUUCUAAUUGGCCAUGAGGAUUGGGUCUAUUCAGUGCAGUGGCAACCCCCUUUGAUGGCACCUGAUGGAGGAAUGGCAUUCUAUCAACCCCAAAGCAUUUUGUCUGCAGCAAUGGACAAGACAAUGAUGAUUUGGCAACCUGAAAGGAAAACUGGUGUUUGGAUGAAUGUGGUCAGUGUUGGAGAACUAAGCCAUUGUGCCUUAGGGUUUUAUGGUGGCCACUGGAGUCCAGAUGGGCAGUCAAUUUUGGCAGAUGGAUAUGGCGGAUCAUUCCAUCUCUGGAGAAAUGUGGGUGUCAACUCAGAUAAUUGGCAACCACAGAAAGUCCCCUCUGGGCAUUUUGCCGCUGUGACGGAUAUUGCAUGGGCAAGGUCUGGUGAAUACAUGUUGUCUGUCAGUCAUGAUCAGACAACUCGUAUUUUUGCUCCAUGGAAAUAUCAAACAUCUGAUUCUGAUGGAGAGUCUUGGCAUGAAAUUGCCCGCCCUCAAGUUCAUGGUCAUGAUAUUAAUUGUGUGACAAUUAUCCGAGGAAAAGGGAACCAUCGUUUUGUCAGUGGAGCUGAGGAGAAAGUAGGUAGAGUGUUUGAAGCUCCUUUGUCUUUUCUAAAGACAUUGCAUCAUGCCACUUCACAACAAGGUGGUUUUCUUGAGGAUCUUCAAGUAGACGUUCAGGUGCUGGGGGCAAAUAUGUCUGCACUUGGGCUGUCACAGAAACCUAUUUAUUUAAAUGCUUCCAUUGAGACCCCAGAUAGAAAUGGUAAUGACGGCCUUGACACCCUUGAAUCCAUUCCAGAUGCAGUUCCAGUUGUGUUAACGGAACCUCCUAUUGAUGAUCAAUUGGCAUGGCAUACGCUAUGGCCAGAGUCACACAAACUCUAUGGUCAUGGGAAUGAGCUAUUUUCUUUAUGCUGUGACCAUGAGGGGAACCUUAUUGCUUCAUCUUGUAAGGCCCAGUCAGCAACGGUAGCAGAAAUAUGGUUAUGGCAAGUGGGUUCAUGGAAGGCAGUUGGAAGGUUGCAGUCUCACAGCUUAACUGUGACUCAGAUGGAAUUCUCUCAUGACAACAAUCUUCUUCUGACUGUCUCAAGGGAUCGCCAUUUUUCCAUUUUUGCAAUCAAUCAAACAGGCACAGGAGAAGUUAAUUACAAGCUUUUAGCAAAACAAGAGGCACAUAAAAGAAUAAUAUGGGCUUGUUCGUGGAAUCCAUUUGGCCAUGAAUUUGCAACUGGCUCAAGGGACAAGACAGUGAAGAUAUGGGCUGUAGAAGAAGAAUCUUCAGUUAAGCAGAUUCUAACUUUGCCACAGUUUAAUAGCAGUGUCACUGCCUUAUCUUGGAUUGGUCUUGAUCGUCAGAGAAAUCAUGGGCUUCUAGCAGUUGGAAUGGAAAAUGGACUCAUUGAACUGUGGAAUCUUAGUAUCAGAAGAACCAAUGAUGGUAGCACCACACUACCAGCUGCAGCAGCUGCCAUUGCCAUACAACUGGAUCCAUUCAUCUGCCAUGUUUCUGCAGUAAACCGUUUGGCCUGGAGAAACAGUGAGAAAAGUGAAAAUUGCACGAGCAUGCAGCUAGCUUCUUGUGGGGCCGAUCAUUGCGUGAGAGUAUUUGAGGUAACAGUUGUCUAAUCAGAUAAUCAUCUAUGCAACUAUAGACAGUUGAUUUUCACGCCCAUACAUCUAUAUAAUUUGCCAUUCUUUGUUUCAUAAAGUGCCCAUUUUCCUCCCUUGUGGGUGUCUACACAGACUUGCAUCCCUUCAACCAACCUUAGGACUCAAGACAAAAACCUCCCCCUCAUGAAUACAUACAUUGCUUUUUGCUGGGCCCCCAUUGCCAUAGCUGCUAUUUAAAGACUAUUAUAUAUCUUUGCUUUGACAAGCCUCCAUAUCUCCACUGCACGUUUGGGGUUGAAAAAUGGGCACAGAAUUGGUGUGCAGAAAUCAUGUUCUUGAAUAUGACCCAAUCAUGGUCAAGGCUUAUACCAUUGAAAUUUCAAGAACAUCAAAGGCUAAGCCCCAAUUAUUUUGAUCAAGAGAAGGGCAUAUGGAAAAGAAAGACUCUUCUUUUGGAGAUAAAAUGCGUGCGGAACGGGUAUGUUCUCAUUCACAUGUUGUGUCAAUACCCCACCUUUGGUUCCGGUCAUUUUCGAAGCCUGAUUUCGUUGAAUAUGAUUUUGUCUUGUGUUUAAGUUGCAUAGAAGAUAAAACUAUGUAGAAGUUAACUGGGUUUUGCUUUUGUAAACUCGAAUUGAUUGCUCGUACAAGGUUUUAUUAUAAUUGUUAUUAUUAUUCUCUUGUGGCCCCUUUCUAGUUGAGUGGCAUUCAGAAUGAAGAAAAAGGGGACCAUUCUCCCUGAAACUAUAGUUUGAAAAUUGGUGUGAUGGGCGCCAUAACGGUUCCAUGCCCCCAUUGCUUCAAUUUCCUUUUAGCAAUGGAUUGGAUACUGUAGAUGCUUGACAUCUUAUGUUAACACUGUAGUUCUUUUAUUAGACGUUAAGUGAUAAAUUUUUAUUUUUAUU